CGAACCGGUACGUACUGCAAAAGCGGGAGCCCGCCGUUGCCGCCGACCAUUCAGCCGCCGCGCCGCCCGCCGCUCACUCGGUCAUUCGGUUACCGGCGCACCGCGCUUUUUCAUCAAUGAAUCCGCUGUCACUCUUCGAUCUGCCGUGACAAAGUGUGUUGUAAUUUAUUGUGUGCUCCAUCGGCGUCGUAUGCUAAUACGGAAUAUUAACUUUUCAAACUUUUCAAACAAAACUUUUACCAACUUUGUGCGCCCACACCAGUUCCCACAGAAAAAAUAUUAAUAUAAACAAAAGUGAAUCAAAGUUUGAACGAAUUUUACGUACCGUGCGCGUUGUGAAUGAAGUGAAUGAGUCGCGGCAUCGCGGUAUCGACGCGUUGUGAAUGAACGAGAAAAGUUUCCAGUUAAUGGCGAAAAACGAAAAGUUUCAACGCAUCUUUAUUCUGGACGAGGGCAAAACACAACGAAUUGAUCCACUUCAUUCCGGAAUAAACAAGAAACAAUCAAGAGUCAAACAUUGCGUGCGUCUACACUACGAGUUUUGCAAAGGAAGCGACACACUUAAUUAAAUUAAACGAACGCAAAUUAAAAAGAUAUUAAACAGUGCGGCGGAUACUUAAAAGCGACAUAUUUAUCCAGACAAUUGUCAACAAAUAAACAUUGACUACACUUCAAUGAACGUAUGUGCGCACACCACUGCUGUAACGAUGUUUAAACAACGUAAUUAACCACACACAACUUCUUGUGCUCAAAGUGAACCAGCGCUAUAAAUGUUUAUGAAUGUUGUGUAUCAAAGUUAAUUUUAAAUACUUCAAUCAAUCUAAGAUAACGUAAAUAGAGUGAAUAACGUACGUUCCAAAUUAAUCUAAAAGUUUCCAAAACUGAAAUCAUUCCCAACUGCAAGUCAUUACUCAUAAAAAUGUCGUGCGCGGCUGUUGAAUCCGAAGGUCCGAGUUUAAGCGAUAAAUUAAAGGCCGUACAUCAGAGACAGCACGCAAUAAUCGCGAUAAACAACAUGUUGCAUGCGACGUACGUCGUUGACUUGUGAGCGUGUUUUUUGCAGAUCGCCCUUUGUUUAAUCUGAUUGUGUGGCUGCAAUGUGAUGCUGAAGUUGUGAUGCGAUGCCAAAUUCGAUGAACGUGUCCGCGUGCGCGGCCCUAUUGGACGACGUCGGCUGGACGGACCCGAAGAACUUGGUUUCGCUGGGCAUCCUUGCACUUAUCAAUGUUAUGGUCAUCGUGGGCAAUUGUCUUGUUAUCGCCGCUGUGUUUUGCUCGUCAAAACUACGAUCGGUAACGAAUUUAUUCAUCGUGUCACUGGCGGUUGCUGAUUUGCUGGUUGGGGUGGCCGUUCUGCCGUUUUCGGCUACGUGGGAGAUUUUUAAAGUGUGGAUAUUUGGACAGGUCUGGUGCAAAAUGUGGCUGGCACUUGACGUCUGGAUGUGCACGGCGUCGAUUUUGAAUCUAUGCGCUAUUUCUCUCGACCGAUAUGUCGCCGUAACACGGCCAAUUACGUAUCCGAGUAUAAUGUCGCACUCUCGCGCCAAGCUCUUAAUUGCAGCGCUGUGGGUGCUCAGCUUCGUCAUCUGCUUUCCGCCACUCGUCGGGCUGAAAAACUCAAUCACCAAUGAUCCGCCAGAGCUGACGCUGUCGACGGCGGGGAACGGCACUCGAGCGGAAGAAGAUGUUCCUUGCGAGUGGCAAUGUGAGCUCACUAACGAGACCGGAUACGUCGUCUAUUCGGCGCUUGGUUCCUUCUACAUCCCCAUGUUCGUGAUGCUCUUCUUCUACUGGCGGAUAUACAAAGCCGCCGUACGGACGACGCGCGCCAUCAAUCAGGGCUUUAGGACGACCAAAGGUACCCGAGGUUUGGGUAACCGCUUCGAUGAGCAGCGAUUAACACUCCGUAUCCAUCGUGGUCGAGGUUCUUCCACUAGACAACAACAACUCUAUGGUUCCCCUCACAGUAAUGGCAGUAACAGCACCACAACAACGACGGGGAGUGCCUCUCCAUCACCACGUGGAAAACACGAACGUGUAAAGAUCAGCGUUAGCUACCCGUCCAGCGAGAACCUCUCGCCGUCACCAAAUCUACUCUCGGUGGUACCUUCAUCACCCACAAGUCAAGCCAGUUACGCUGUACACUACAGCGUUAAUGGUAAGGACACCACAUCAACUAAUCUCUGCAGACGUGAGACCCAUCUUCGCGUCACACCACGUCUAGCAACACAUCGUCGAUGUUCUCGGAGAUCUUCAAGUUGCGACAGCAAUGAGCGCCUUCCCACGCGCUCACCUAGCCCGUCCAUCUGUGAAGAUGGUCUUAGCAAACCCAAGAUCAUCUCAAAACGUAUGGGUAAGCGUAAUAUUAAGGCACAAGUAAAACGAUUCCGUAUGGAGACCAAAGCGGCCAAAACUCUUGGUAUUAUCGUGGGUGGUUUCAUCUUUUGCUGGUUACCAUUCUUUACUGUGUAUUUAUUGCGCGCGUUUUGUGAGGAUUGCAUACAUCCAUUGAUAUUCUCAAUCCUCUUCUGGCUGGGCUAUUGUAACUCGGCGAUUAAUCCGCUCAUCUACGCGCUCUUCUCAAAAGACUUUCGGUUUGCGUUCAAGCGCAUUAUUUGCAAAUGCUUUUGUAAGAGCCGUGAUGCGCCCACCUCCCGACGAGGAUCCGAUGGAUCGCAGCUACAGGGCCGACAGUUCCGUUCGCCUAGCUAUAAUAUACAAACGCACGGCAAUUCGCUCGGAGAAGAUAGCGAUCCGGGCGGUGAUCCGAGCGAUUCGAGGUGACGACAUAAGAAGCGCAGGAAAUCGCAAAUGUACCUGGAUAAGGAUUCCGUUUUCAAAGUCGCCAUGUGUUUGUAUGGCUGACGCAAGAGGCUCGACGACGGUGCGUGUGAGGAUCAGGAUUGCGUUCGCGACGACGACGUCGCUCGCGUGAAGGUGAGGGGGAGUAAAUGCUGAUAACUGGUGAUAUCGAGAUAAAUCGAGGCACAAAACGCCUCAGAAACCGAUGGAACCUAAGGUUUUAUUUUCAAGUGUGAUGUUAUUUUGAAUUAUUUGGAGAGGGAAAAGAUUAACGACUUAUAAUUAACACUUAAGUCAAGUAGUUACUACUAGCUUAUAUACGUAUGUGUAACAAUUAGCUUUUUAAUGUAAGAACAAAAAACACAAAAGCGGAAACAACCUGUGGUCAUCGUUGAGUUUUAAUUUAUUAUCACAAAGCGUAUUAUAAUGAUUUUAUUUUUUUAAAUCGAAUUUAUUCUUGAUAGAAAAGGUUUUGGUUCUUUUGUUCCCACACAUUCCUCCCACGCAUCCUUUAGGCGAUUGGACAUUCUUUGUGCGCGCACAGAGGACCGCAAAAACAAGCAAUUGUUUUGGAAAUUUAAUCAAUACGCUUCCCACGUAACUUAUUUAUUAAGAAAUAGAAACACAGAAAAAAUAAAAGAAUUUUCAAAGCAUUAUUAUUUACCUAUUUUACACAAAUCACUCCAAUAAAAAUUAAAUAAUCACAACUGACAAAUACAGGGUUUUAGUAUUAGCAAACUACUAAAUCGACAUGUGCUUGACAAGCGUGAUAAAACAAUCGCGACCAAAUAUAAACACACACAUUCACACACUAGAAAUACACUUACGACUUCGUAAUAACUGUACUGAAUUGUAACAUAAAGCUAGCUCAUAGCGCAUCGCGCACAUUUGUGAAUGUCUAUGGAUCUACAGAUCACCGGCAUUUACAACAAAGAUUGUACUUCCGUGGGAUUGUUUAGAGUUUAGUGUUUCAUUUAAAACAUUUUAUACAUAUUUUAUGACAACAUCAAUUUUCUGACAGGACUCGAAAGGAAUUAGUUUAAUACAAUAGAUUUUUUAUGUGGUAGCAUACGAUAAGUAUGUAAGUAUGUACAUGUAAAGGAAACUAACUACCCCUAAUUCAAGGCUGUGUUAUUAGCCAAAUAACAUUUAAGUGUAGAUGCAUAAUACAUAAUUUAUUAAUUACAACAUAAAAGAAACUUUAUCGAUGUUUGAUAUUAGAACAAAUUUUAUUAAAUAUUUAUUGAUUUGUUUAGUUUAUAUAUUUUAUGCUAUUCGUGUUAUAUAGAAAUUUGUAUAUAUUAUACGCUUGCAAGUCAGUCAAUUACUUUUUAAUUGUGCUUUAGCAGUUUCCUUUUUGUAUUGACACACGGAAAAGUUUUAUAUUGUUAAAUAUUUUUUAUGUACAUAUUAAAUAUAAAUGUAUAAAUAUAUCAUGAGAGAUUUAACCCAUUUAACCUGAAAAUAUGUUGUAUAACUAUUUAUUUAUUUAUUCAUUUAAUUGUAUAUGGGUACAAUACAGUACAAGAGCUUUUCCAACCUGUUUUAAGGUUUUCUUUUAAAUGUGAUCAAGCAAAUGUAUAUCUUGACUCGGAAUUGCGAACGAUAAAUGUAAAAUAUAAUGAAUGUAUAUAUAAUUAAUCUAGAAGAAUCACUGUUAGUUAAAGCAUGAAUUUUGUAGCAAAUUAUUUCCAAUUGUAAAAAGUACCUAUCUCAAAUUGGCCAAAGGUGUCAUCUGCUAAGUUUCUCAACGACGCGAGUGGAAAGCGUGAAAGGAACCUAAUUAAUCGUGCCUUUUGUUUCGUUCGCAAUGUCCAAUCAAGACGUUUUAUGACCUCCGUUAAUCUGCAAAUCAGAUUUACAACGCAUUUAAAAAGCGCGUAGCGUAAUUGCAGCGAAGCGGAGGUGUUAAAAGUCUUUGGGAAACGAAUCAUCAAAGCGCAGUGAACGAAAGAUUGCUGAAUCAUUCGAUUAGCAUGCAUUAUCGUAUAUUAACGUCGCAACAGAGCUUUCACAUGAUACUCGUAUUCCUUUUGACUUACAACUUAUAAUUCGGAUACAAUCAUUGAUGUAAAAUACUUAGUACUGUAUAAAAAUGCGGCUACGAUACUGAUACAAAAAAAUGUAUAAAAUAUGAUCAAUGUCAUAUACGUGUACUACCUACUUAUGUGAAACGGAGAAAAAAGCUAUGCUAGAAGGGAAGACACGCAGAAAUAAACUGUAAUAAACGAA